UAAACGCAAAGCCAGAACAAAAAAAUAAUUCAAAGCUUGCAAAUUUUUCGCGCCAAUUUCUAGAACCUCUAUCGAUACGCCAAUCGAUAGGAAGUGUCGGCGAGCUUUCAGAAUUUUUCGCAUGAGGCCCUGCGGGCACACUAGGCUGGGGAAACAAAUAGCAAAGCAAAAUAGACAUGAGCACUGUAAAAAAGUCAUUUUGAACAAAACUGAGAAAGUGAGGCGCUCCAUUUGAUAUUUCUGUGCUGGAUGAGCUUGUGUGAAGCACUAACCCAAUCCGAACGAGACGAUCCCAGCUAGGUGGCCACCAGCCAGGCGUAAUUUACGCAACAAGGAGAGGGCAGCAACAAAAACAAAAACACUGAACCGAACCACUGCGAAGCGGAGAACGUAGAAUAGCAACCACAAAACACAGAUCACGGAACUCUACAUAACAUAUAUCCAUCAUGGCGAAUAUGGCUGUAUCGCGCAUAAAGCGGGAGUUCAAGGAGGUGAUGCGCAGCGAGGAGAUCGUGCAGUGUUCCAUCAAAAUCGAACUGGUGAACGACAGUUGGACAGAGUUGCGGGGCGAGAUUGCCGGGCCGCCGGACACACCCUACGAGGGCGGCAAAUUCGUCCUAGAGAUCAAAGUACCCGAAACAUAUCCCUUCAAUCCGCCCAAGGUCCGCUUCAUUACUCGCAUUUGGCAUCCAAACAUCUCAUCGGUGACAGGCGCCAUUUGCCUGGACAUACUCAAGGACAACUGGGCCGCAGCAAUGACCCUGCGCACUGUGCUAUUAUCGCUGCAGGCACUGUUGGCAGCUGCCGAGCCAGAUGAUCCCCAGGAUGCUGUGGUGGCCUAUCAGUUCAAGGACAAGUACGAUCUUUUCCUGCAGACGGCCAAGCACUGGACGAACGCGUACGCCGGCGGGCCGCACACUUUUCCCGAUUGUGAUUCAAAGAUCCAACGCCUCAAAGACAUGGGCAUUGACGAGCAUGAUGCUCGUGCCGUGCUUUCUAAAGAGAACUGGAAUCUGGAGAAGGCCACCGAGUGCCUAUUCAGUUAGCUUGACUAGACACUUACCCAUCCAGCGACUUCAGCAACUUCAAGAGAACCCUUUACAUAGGAAACCAAGCUAAAUUCUAGUUCAUCAGGCGGCGCAGAGCCAUGCAAUCUUUACAAUCAAUCAAGUCCCCUUCCUUCCAUUUCAAAUGCCAUUUGCUAAAAGCCAAUUUAGAUAUCCGUGAACUCCCAAAAAACAUUGUAAAUUGUUGUUUUGUACCCGAAAUUGUAUUGCCCUGUAAUUAUAAAACUUUGAUUUGUCCUUUUUGA